AUGAAGGACGCCCUGCCUCACCAGGAUAGCUGGGGCGAUGGGAUAACAACACCAGAUACUACACCAGGGUCGGGUACAUCUCCACCGACGAGGGCAGCAAACGCAACGCGUUUUACUCCAGACAACAACUCGGCAUUUACUUGUCGUCUGUCAUGUGGAAGCUAUUAUGGUCUUUUCGGACUAAAGGGAUAUAAUUGCUAUUGUCUCGGCCUCCUGAGCACACAGCUGAAGUUGAAAAUUGUCCACAAGAGGAGGGCGACAGAGAUCCGAUGUCCAGGGGACUACAAUGACCUGUGUGGCGAUGACACAACGGUGACCGUAUAUCGGAGAGAUAAGACGACGAACGUUAACAUCUCACCAUCUGGGAGGUGUGGCUAUGCAGAGAAAAACAGGCAUACCAAUAAAAAACAGGACUACUUAUCAUACCAUUUGACUGAGGACUGCGAGAAGACCAAGAAAUUCUCUGCAUGCAAGAAAACUACAGGUUUUCCGUUUUCCAAUUGUUCUGGAAACGUAUGUGUUGCCAAUAGAGCUAGCACAUGGGAGGAAGCACGCAGUGAUUGCAGACUGGUUAAAGUGACAGACGCAAAUAGAAAGAAUCUUCUGACUGUGAUGAAGUUCGCCGCCUACUGGAUAGGUUUACGGCGUGUUACAGAAUGGAGAUGGAUUAAUGGAAUACCAGUGGAAAUGAAGUUUACUCGUGAGGACAUUUCAAGACAAUGUCUGGCUGCACGACAUGUAGGUGGCAUAUUAUCCAUGGACUGGUAUAACUGUUCAGAAAAAUACCCAGCUGUAUGCCAAUCUACAGCUGAACUACCCACAGUGGCCAGCCCAGGGACCGACCUCGUGACAACUCCUGUAUAUGUAACAGCUGGAGCUGUGACAGCGGGUGCCGUGGCGGUGAUAGUAGCAUGUGGUAUACUUGUAUUUAUAACACUGAAAACAAAGAAGAUGUACCGCUUUAAGAUGAAGACACGAUCUAAUAGACACAUCGGUCAUUUUCCGGGAGAUUUAUCUGAAUCCUCAACAAGAGAUGGUCAAGACAAGACUCCAUCAGACAAAGGUCCGUGUAGUCUGAAUGAUGGGAAUUAUUGCGUCAUUGAUGACCUCGAGUUGUCAAGGCUGUACCACCACACCACAGCAGCUCCUGGGGGGCAUGGAGGGUAUGAUACGACGCGACACGUACAACGUGUACUACGUCUGUAGCGACCAGAACUGGGAUACGACCAGAACUGGGAUAAACAGUCCACAAUUUCGUAAAACCCUAUUUACUGCAGUACUGCUC